AAUGUGACGUCAUUUAUUGGCCGGAAGUGAAGGGUGGUUUUGAAUGUGUGUUUAGCGCCUCGGUGCUGAAGGAUGAUGUAGAGAUUAUAAUGAGUUAUAAACACACACUUUAGAGGAGGGUUAGUAGGUGACGUAGGUGGUGUUUGAAGUUGACGCCGUGCUGCAGUGUGUGUGUGUGUGUGUUGUAGCUCCGUGAUGGCGAGUGUUCAUGAGAGUCUGUACUUUAACCCGAUGAUGGUGAACGGGGUGGUGCAGGUGAAUAUAUUCGGUAUUAAAGACUGGGUGACUCCAUACAAGAUCUCAGUGUUGGCGCUGCUCUAUGAGAUGAGCUCAGCUAAUAAACAUCUGGAACUGCUGGACAGGAGGAGACUCAACAAACUCAUCUUACCUUUACAGCAGGGCCCUGAUGUGACAUUUGAGCAGUUCCUGAGCUCAGUAGUGGAGUGCUGUCCUCUCAUCACCAUCACCAUCAAACACAGGUUGUGUAUGAUGGCAGAUGGAGAGCUGCAGGACAUGGAGCACUUUUUUGCUGAAUUACCGAGCGCCUUCACCGACUCUGAGGCCUUUAAGACCAGUGUUGUGGGGUUGUUUAUGCGUCAGAUGUUGCUGGCGUAUAAUAAACUCUCCUUCAGUCAGGUUUAUAAACUCUACAAGGCCCUGCAGCAGUACUGUCGCCGCGGGCAACGACCCCGAAAUGACCCUACCACCGCUGCUAACGAGGACAUGGAGCUGAGCGCUAACGAGGACCCACUCGCCGACAUCACGGAGAAAAGUGAACCGAACACACACUCCCUGCACUCCGAGCUCCGGUGUGAUCUGAGUCGUGGUCCUCUCUCUCAAAAACAAGCUGAGUAUUUCCUCGCUCGACAGGCGUACAUGUUGAAGAACGAUGAGAACAAAGCCAUGAGUCCUGAUAAACUGCAGGAUGAACUGAACAGUAUUCUGAAGUUUAACCCGGACUUCGCCGAGGCGCACUAUGUGAGUUACCUGAACAGUGUGCGGGUUCAGGACGUCUUCACCUCCACACACAGUCUGCUGCACUACUUCGAUCGUCUCAUCUUGUCUGGUGCUGAGGGGAAGAGUAACGGAGACGAGGGAUUCGGGCGCAGCCUUCGCUACGCCGUCCUCAACCUGGCAACCCUACACUGCCGCUUCAACCACUAUCAGCAGGCUGAUCUCGCUCUUCAGGAAGCAAUCAGAAUCGCUCAGGAAGCAAAUGACCAUGUCUGCUUACAACACUGUCUGAGUUGGUUGUACACGUUGGAGCAGAUGAAGGGAUGCGACAGCGCAGUUCUGACUGAAGACUCUGUAAAAAUGGCUGCUUAUUUCUGUCUUACAUAUUUAGCAUGUCUGGGCGUGCAGUCUCUGGUCCAGCGGGGGGCGCUGCAGGGUUUCUCUGCUCCUCAGCUGCUCGAUGCUCAGCGUCAGACGGCAGUUCUGCUGUGGAAACACAGUCUGAAUGAACUGAUCGAGAUUAGUCUGGCUCAGAGCUCCUCCCUGUGGAUCAUGUAUGGCAAGAGUACUAUGUCUUUGCAGCAGUCUCAGCUUUUGUUGAACAUGAACAGUUUGGAGCCUGUGAAUUUUGGUGUUCAGCAGAACAACGCUGAGCCGUUCACCAUUGCAAUGUGUCACCUUGCACAGCUCCACGCUGACCAGGGACUGUAUGCCGCCGCCAAUGACAUCAUUAAACACCUGAGGCAACAGUUUCCUCCUCACACUCAACAUGCUAAGAUCUGGAUGCUGUGUGAUCUGAGCAUUCAGUUUGAGAAAGCAAUGAAUGAUGGGAAAUAUCACGUGGCUGAGCCUCACGUCACCUCGAUCUCCGCCCUGAACUGCACUGAGGGGCUCUACAGGAAAGCUCAGCUGUUAAAGGCUUUAAAUAGGACGUCAGAAGCUUCCAGAGUCCUGCAGCAUCUACAGAAUUUGAGUGAGAAGAACAAGAACACGGAGAUGAUCAUAAGGGUGAUGUUAGCCACGGCGGAGCUGCACUGGGACUCGUGUGGAUUUUCGGCUGCUCUCCCGCUGCUGCUGAAGGCUUUAUCUCUCACACGCCAACACAACCUGCAGAGACUCGAGUGUAAAACUAUACUGCACCUCGCUUACACACAGUUGAUGUUGGGGAUCCCGGAGCAGGCUCUCUCUCUGGUGUGUGGUGUGUUGGAGUGUGUGUUGGCCCACGCUGCACUGAUGGAUAAAGCGAAAGCUCUGCUGCUGAUGGCUCGGUGUCAGGUGGCUCUGACUGCAUCUGCUUCUGAGGAACACAAACUCGCUGCUGUAGCGUCGGCGGUACACACUCUGGAUGAGGCUGGGUUUUAUUUCUCUCAGUUGAACUGUAAGCAGCGUCUGCGUGAUGUUUAUUAUCUACAGUCUCGGCUGCACCACACGCUGGGAAACACGGCCGAACGCAACAAGUGUGCACUGAUGUUCCGCAUGCUGAACCAGGAGCUGCUGCACGUCCCAGCCACGCCCACUCACCACCUCUAACACACACACACACACACACACACGUCCCGGCCACGCCCACUCACCACCUCUAACACACACACACACGUCCUGGCCACGCCCACUCACCACCUCUAACACCCACACACACACACA